AUGUCGACGGCACCUUCUUCGAGCUCCGGCACUAUCUCCUCCCAAUUCACAUACGCAUCGAACAGUUCCUACUUUCCGACGCCGUUUCACCUUCAACAAUCACCCUACGCCGCCGCUCCUCCUCCGCCCGUCCAAAUUCCCUCGCCACCGGUCAAAGUCCCCGUUUAUCCCGCCCCAGCGCCGCUCCCUGGCGCUUACUCCUUGCCACAGUUUCAACAGGCCCAGCAGCUAUUCCAAAGGGAUGCACAGACAAUUACACCUGAAGCACUUGAGAGCGUAAAAGCUGCCCUUGCAAGCAGUGAAAUCGAGCACAAAGCCGAGACCAAAAAGAAAGCAGUACCACGCAAAGCAGCGGGCCAAAGUUGGGAAGACCCUACUCUUGCCGAAUGGCCUGAGAAUAACAGUGGCCUUAGAUGCAGUGAGAAAUUGCUGUCACUUGAGAGUUAA